UUGACAGUUGGAGGAAUAAAAUGUACAUGUGUUUUCUGUUUUGUCAUAUUUGACUUUGCCAUAUUAUUCAUUACAGAUUACAUGUUGUGUUUUUUUUAAGUUUAACGCCGUUUUUCCCAUAAAUUGUAAACAUGUCUGCAGCAGAAGCAGUGAAUUCCAGUGACAAUGAAAAUUUAUGUGUGGUGUGCUUCAAAAAUGUUGAAAUUUAUUCUGUGGGAGUUUGUGAUCAUGCCGUCUGUUUUGAGUGUUCAACAAGAAUGAGGGUGCUCUGCGAGCAAAAUGAAUGUCCCAUAUGCAGACAAGAGCUGCCCAAGGUUAUCUUCACAAAAGUUGUAGAACCUUUUGCUAGCCUCUUUCCGAGAUUCGAAAGGUCAAACUUACAGGACCGUAAAAUUGGCAUUUACUUUUGUACAUCUGAUAUUCAAAAAGAAUACCAAAAAAUUUUGGAACAUCGAUGCCAUAUUUGUGAAGAUAAAGAAAGAAAGUGGCCAUUCAAAACCUUCCAGCAGCUGAAAGAUCAUAUGAGGAGAGAACAUGAGUUAUUUUACUGCGAUAUUUGUGCUACGAACCUCAAGAUUUUCAGUUUUGAAAAACGCUGUUAUACAAGACAGGAAUUGGGGCACCAUAGAAGGAAAGGAGACCCUGAUAAUACCUCACACCGUGGCCAUCCUCUAUGUGAAUUCUGUGAUACUCGUUUCAUGGACAGUGAAGAACUAUUUCGACAUUUACGAAGAAACCAUCUCUAUUGCCAUUUCUGUGAUGCUGAGGGAAAACAUCAAUUUUACAAUAUUAUGGAAGAUUUGGUUAGACAUUUUCGCCAUGAACAUUUCUUAUGUGAAGAAGGGGAGUGUAAGACUAUGCCUCUUACUGCUGUGUUUAGAACUGACAUUGACUGUAAAGCUCACAAAGCUAUGGAACAUAGCAAAUUCAUGAGCAGAUCAGCUAAUAAGCAAGCAAGAACUUUAGAACUGGAGUUUACUCUGGCACCAAGACCAAGGUCUGAUAAUAUGAGGACCAGGAAAUAUAACGAUAGGAGGGAUAGAGAUGACGACUUGCCCUUAGAGGAUUACAACGUUGAACCGGGAGGAUCUGGUGGGGGUGGUGAUGAAAGGGGGCGUAUUUUCGUCAACCCUUUGACUUCUCAGGAUUUUCCUGCAUUGGGUGGAGCAAGCAGUAAUAUAGUCCAUACCAGACCAACCACUUCAGUCAAUUUCACAUCGAAAAUGAACUCAAAUUUCAGCAGCGAAGAUUUUCCUUCAUUAGGCACGGUAAAGAAUUCACCUGCAGUAACUAUAACUACCAACUCCUCAUCGGCAAAAUCAAGCAGAGCUCCGGAAGUAACGAUAACUAGGACUGUGAGGGGUCAGCAAAGUUUGAUCAAAUCUAAAGAUAAUUUCCCAGCAUUGAGUGGACCUAGUAGUUCCAGCGGAAGCAGCACAGUGAGGCUAAGUGUCAAUAGUUCCCAAGAUUCAAAUUCGCCAAAAGUAUCGAUCCAGGUGAACCACCGGCCUAAUGGCGGCGUCACCACUCAUAUCACCACAAGUGCCUCUUCGUCAACCCAGCAGAGGCCUCCAGAAGCUUUCCCUGCCUUGGGAAAAAGUGGAAAAGUAGCUCAACCACAGUGGGUUCAAGUGAAAUCUAAAAAACAAGAACAGAAAAAUUUAAAAGUUGCUCCGAAUCCUCAGUUACCACCUAAUUCUUUGGAUCAGUUUCCAACACUAUCGAAAAAGAACAGUUCAGGUUCGAUGCCUUCAUCCAGCAACUGGGUAAAUUUGAAUAGUGUUAAUAAUUCAAUUUCCAAAAAAAAAAUCAGUUCUUACUCUAAAAACAGUGUAGGUUGUUCUGAAUUGAAAGGUAAUGGUUUAGGUAAUGAUAAAAACACUGAAAGUAAGCAAUCAAUUCCAAAAGCAAAGCUACAAACUGUUGAGAAAAAACUGGUAGACCUAAGGAUUACUGAAAACGGUGAUUCAAAAAAUAAAAACAAGAAGAAGAAAGCCAAAAGUAAUUAUGGGGAAUCUUCUAAAGUAUCUUCGAGUAAUAAAGUUGAUCAUCAGUCUGAUAGUAAAUUCUGCUCAACAGGAAAUGGUGAUACUACCAAUAACGGUGAGUCUGAUUCAAAAAAUGGACUAGUUAAGAAGCGUUCUGAAUUGAAAAUUGGUACUUUAACAAACACUGGUGAUGCAUCUAUAAUUUCAAAUGACUUUCCUUCUCUGGGAGAUACAAAACCUCCUCCUGGAUUCAGCAUGAAACCACCACCAGGUUUGACAGCAUGUUCAUUCCCCAGUUUAGGUGCUUCAAACGAUUUAACAUUCACUUCCAGUAGUGGGCAAAGCUAUUCCAUAAAGCCGUGCAAUGACUACAGUCAACCAAAUAACUUUCAACUCAGAAAUCAAAAUCUAAUAAAAAGGUUCAUGGCUGUUUUGAACAACGAUGCAAUAAAAGAAUUCAAGACUUAUUCGGAUUUGUUUAGGAAUGGGUGUUAUCCUACUAUUAAAUAUUAUGAUCACUGCAAAGACGUCCUCGGUAGUUAUUUUGAUGAAAUUUUUCCGGAACUUUUAGUUCUUCUACCUGACAUAGCAAAACAGCAGGAAUUGUAUAAGGUAUAUGAUGGCAAGAAUAAAAAAAACUUGAUUGUUUGUGAAACUUGCAAGCAAAUUAUUUACAAAAGAGAACUUGCAGAUCACUACAACUUUCAUAUUUUAGAUAACCAAUUCCCAAGUCUCGGGAAAAUUGAACAAAUGAAUAAUGCUUGGAAAAAGUAAGAUUACUUUGAGAGUUGAAAAACUGUAGGUUUAGGCAGAAUCAUUUUUUUAUAAUUAUUAUAAUUUUAAACUGAGGGUCAAUUUAUGUCUAUUUUCAAAGAUAAUGGUAAUUUCACCACUAUUCUUUGUCAUUUAUGCGCAGUAUAUUUUGAACAGAUCCCAGCUUUUUUUUAUACAUUGAUUCCUUACAAAAUACCACUCGGUACUUUUUCAUUUAUCAAUUUUAUUGUAAUUGAUGCCAAACUAAAGUAGUUUAUACAUUUGAAAAGAUAAACAAAAAUUUGUAUAAAAUUCUCAACGUUAACUAAUUCAGCUUUGCCAGCUUUGAAUUGAACUUCUCUCAAUUCAAAAUUUAAAUGAAUAACAACAUUGAAAGUAAAUUGUUUUAUUGAUUGUUGGUAAUAAAAGAAAAAAUUCUAAGUAAAUUAAGUCACUUCAGUUAUCAUAUAUUAGUGGGUAUAUAUCAUUUAAAAAAUUAAAAUACUGAGGUUUCUGCUUUUCAGUUAUCAUAUAUUAGUGGGUAUAUAUCAUUUAAAAAAUUAAAACACUGAGGUUUCUGCUUUUGGUGUAUUUUUGAAUCAAAUUUCAUUUGAAAUAGUCCUUACCAACCAAUAUUACAAGUACAUUUUCGAAAAUAGUUGAUUGCAUUUGAUAUAUUUAUUUAUGAAAUAUAAGAUGGUAAGUUAAAUUGCUGUUGCUGUUCAUAUUAGUGAUAUUCAAAUAUAUUCCUCUUGAGUAUUAGAAAUUUCGCUGAAUGUGAUGUCGAAGGUCUAUUGGUAUUUCGAUUCUUUUUUCUAUUAGGAUUCAGCAAUUUCAAUUCAAUGCAUUAUUGUAUUGGCUGAGGUACAUUCGAAAACAAUUGCUAGUUAAGUGGUGUUUUUGUUAAUAGAUUAUUUAUUUUCAUUUGCUUACAUAAAACAUAAUUGCAAUGUUAUUGAGACUUCAUUUAUAGUUUUCUUAUGUAACCUUUCAGUCUAACAUACAAUCAAGGGAAAUAUAGAAUUUUGGAUUUUUGUAAAAAUUGUAAAUAAAAUUUUAUGCAUGUUAUACUUUUAUAACAAAAAUUGUUCAUAUGUUGAGUAUUUUCUAAAUAAAAUCAAGAUUAAUUUA